AUGGAAAAGGGGCUGGCUGAUGUACGUGGGACGCAAACGGUGAAAGAUGGAGUGUACUCAAGGUUUCAGCUUUUGGACAGACCCGCUGGACAUCACCUGCCAACGUACAUGGUGCAUCUGUAUCGGAAUUUCACCACAAAUUUUUCCAAACCAGCGGAUGCUAUUGAGCAGAGUGUAGCGAGGCGCGCAGACACCGUGAAAAGCGUCAUGGCGAAAAGUUUGACGAAUAAGGAAACGCGCUGGAUCGCCACUUUUGACCUCCACACGUUGCUCGGAGACCAACAGAUCCAAGCGGCCGAGCUUCGAAUACGCCUUCCCCGAAACCAAGAUGUCUCCAAUGUCACCGUGGACAUUUACCACCACCAGACCUGCAGCCACCCUCCCCUCGCCGUCUCCAAACCCUGUCUGGAGCAUCAUCUAGUGGGCACGCUCAACCACACCUCCCUGGUCCCCGGAUCUCAAAACUGGAAAGUCUACAACAUCACAUCUCCGCUUUUGAACUGGCUACGAGACAAGAAACCGAACAAAAUCAAGCUUAGACGAAUUAGAAAAAGGAAAAAUUCUGAAAAACCCAAAAUAGAAAUCGGAAUAGACCCUGAAGUGAACGAGCGGGCGUUACUGGUUGUCUUUUCGCAUACAGAUUCGGAUGGGAAGUCUAAACCGAAAGCAAGCUUACUCCACACGGCUGAACAGUCCAAAUUUUUGUCCCAAGCGGAAAUCCGAAAGGCAAAACGGCAUAAAAAGCGAAGGAGUAAAAGAGGGCAGAGGGAGCACAGCGGGUCUAAGAAGCAGCCUUGCAGAAGAGUGGAUUUGCACGUGGAUUUUAACCGGAUCGGAUGGGGGUCUUGGAUUAUUUUUCCCAAAAGGUACAACGCCUACAGGUGUGAGGGGGCGUGUCCGGGCCCGCUGGGGGAACAUCUCAACCCGACCAACCACGCUUACAUGCAGAGUCUGUUCAAGCAUUUACACCCCGACCGCGUGACGUCUCCGUGCUGCGCUCCCACCAGGAUGAGCCCGCUGAGCAUGCUCUACUACGAGAACGGAGAGAUGCUCCUGAGACAUCACGAGGACAUGGUCGUGGACGAGUGCGGAUGUCAGUAA